AUGAAGCGUUGGCACAAAUCUUCUUGCAAUAGCCCAUCGAUUGUUGUGAAAAAUGAGCAGCCGUAUUGUCACACGUGCAAUAGCGAAUGUAAUCUGGAAGACUUGGCCGGCAACAAGAGUUCGGGAACUGCCCUUAGCUCUUCAAUCCAAAAUGAGCCGCCAGGUCAGCUCAAUUUAAGCUGGCCACCAUCUGUUCCCUACAUCGGAUUAAACACACCGGAAUUAUCGCCUCCGGCAAAUGUACAAACCUUGGAUCCUCAGCAGGAUACCCACGAAUCUCUUAACUAUGGGAAUACUCUUGGACUGGAUGAGUUCAGGCUAGCCUGUCUCACAGCGCCAGAGCAUGAUGAUUAUCCAGUCCAUUUGACGUUGGAAACCUACAAACACGCAGACUGCCCCGAGUUCGAGACAGUGUCAUAUACCUGGGGUGGAGAGGAUGGCGACCACGUUCCAUCUCAGCCAGUGUUUGUGGGCCCAUACUGGGAUGUCGUUUUCCAGACAAAAAACUGUUGGAAUAUGCUUCGCUCUAUACGUCCUUGGAGAGGUGUAAGAAUGGUGUGGGUGGACGCCCUAUGUAUCAACCAAAAUAACACCAAAGAACGUGGAGAUCAGGUUGCAAAAAUGAGGCAGAUUUAUGAAGAGUGCGCUCGGGUUAUUGUCUAUCUGGGGCCUGAUAUUGCGCUUCCGGCUCAAGGGCAAUUCCCGCAUCGGCGCAGGCUGGAAGAAUUAAAUCAACAUCUGCGUCACUUAGACAAAUCAUCUUUCGACGACGAUAACUCAGGGCAGGUUGAUGUCGCCAUGAGGACCCUCUUACAGAGGAGAUACUUCAGUCGCGUCUGGGUAAUCCAAGAAUUGGUCGCAUCGCAAAGGGCUGUAAUGCGAAUUGGAGACACAGAAUAUGCUAUCGAUAAUACAACUGCUUCCCGACUCAAGGACAUCAAUGCAAACUGGAACUGGGAUGAAAGUGAAGCGCCGUGGCUUCAAUAUAUGACGCAGAAAUCGAUCCAGUUAGAGGACCUAUACGGAGUUUUGGCAGUCACCUCGAAAUCGCACGCGACAGAUCUGCGGGAUCGACUCUUUGGCAUCCUUGGCCUAAUCCGAAGAGAUGACAAAGAAAUGGCAUCAUGGCAGCCAGACUAUUCUCUAUCAGCCCAGCAUAUUUUCGUCGGGCUCUUGGCUCAUCUUAUAGUCAAUCUCAAGAAGACGCACCUUCUUCUACAUGGCUCUACAUUAUAUGCCACGACAUCCUCGCCUUCGUGGACUCCAUCGUGGGAGUCAAACGAAGCAUGGCAAUUCAUGUUUACUGCCACAGAAGUCAAUGGGAAUGAAAUGACUAGCCGUAUGAGCCAAUAUCUCUCCGAGAAAGACAACUGCGAUGAAGUUGCAAACUUGUUCACACUGGAAGACUCUGAAAGUUCUCAGCAUUUUGGUAAAAGGGAUGCGUGUAAUGAUUGGCUAGCCGAUACUCUUCACUCAAGACCAUGGGAUCAGGAUAUUGCCAUUCAUUCAGCCACUGGUGCCUUAUCUAUUCAACUGACUCACUUAUGCGCAAUCCCUUCAACACCGGUUGUUGUUGGAGAGAUUGGAGCCUAUAAAGUCUUUCAAGUGUCUGGACCAAAGGCUGAUAUAUUUCUAGCCUCAGGCAAUCCCCUUGAUUCAACAAUCAAACCAGGACAAGACCACAUAUUUAUGCUCAUUUCUGACGAAUCCACCAACAAUUAUAGAUUGGUAGGCGCCAGUCUAUCCAUGUUCGUUAAAUCUUCCAACGGCUAUGUUAGGAACAGAUGGAUUGAGAGUCUAGAUUCUACGAUUACAUGGACUCGAGAGCUUCUGGAUGAGGCAUUUGAAAGUUAUCACACUAGCCCAAUAAGAGCUUUCUUUCCCCUCGCAAGUACCGGGUGGGAUAUGUUUCCAGCUUAUCAUGCCCUCUUCGGCCAAGAAGUUGAUUCCAGUUCAGAAUUUGAAAAGGUCUUUAUUUCAUGCUUUGAAGCUCGUUUCAAAGCAAGCGUCGUAGAUGGCUUUUUCGAAUGGGAAAUUACGCACGGCAAAGAUCGUUUGAAGGAUUACUUGGGCCAGUUACUCCUGCAAAAUACAAAUGAGGGAAAAUCUUGCAGCAUAGAAGGCUUCGAAAAGCUCAUGUGGAAUGGAAAUUGGCAGCCGGUCACGAGGUAUAUUCAGCAAACUGAGUUCGUAACAAAACACAUCUCUUCACUUAAGACGAAGCCGUUGGGCUUGAAUAGAACGUUUCGGCUACGAAUACCAAUUGACACAGUGGAAAAGGCGGUUCGAUUUUUCUUCUCUUCGGUAGAGAGAAUUAGGCGAUGUAUGAAGAUGAACACCAAAGAGGUAGAGGCAGUUCUUCGGGGAGAUUCGAGCGAUCAGUAUCGUCUUGUAGGUUGCCCAAUGUUUCCUGAGAUGGAAGAAGGAUUUUGCCUUGAUGGAAGCACGUAUCAGGUGCACAUUCAUUAG